CUUGUCUCAAUACUCUAGUGACAGGUUGCAUUGACCCCUCGGUGAGAUCGGGAUAGCCCCGUUGUAACCAAUGAGGAAACGGAGGUCAGAGAGGCAGAGUGAGUUUCUUAGGACCACACAGCCCGCAGGAGAGCAGCAAGGACUCACACCAGAUACGCCUCCUCCCCAUUUCAUGCUUGUUCUAGAAAACCGCGCUGCCUGGACCCAGCGUUGUAUCCUUCACAGUAGUGGCACUUCUUUUUCUGGGAUUUUCAAUGUCUCUUAGGGCUCCUAGGCCAGACUUUGAGGGGUUAGGGCCUGGUCUGAACUGCCCUGCUUGUGUGUUCUCAGUGGUCCUGAUCUGCGUUAUUUGAAGGACCAAUCCAACAUUCCGGGGGUACAGUGAGUUCCAACAUUUGGGGCCAAUAUGUAGGUUCCAACUCAAAUGAUUUCGUCCCCUAGGUCCAGGUCCUGGUUCCCAGGAACAGAGCAGCUCUUGUGAAGUAAAGAGAGAACCUCGGGAGCAGGAAUUCCACCUGGAAGACGGGAUUGAGACCUCUCACCAAAGCAGAGGAGGAAAAGGCUGAGAAAGAGCGGACCCUAAAUUUGCAGGGUAGAAGCAAUUUGUGAUCCUUGUAAUCAGACCCAGAAGCCACCCCAAACUGUAAGACAAUGGGAGGUUGGAGCCAAGUUGCAGAAGAGAGAGGUGAGCUGGGGUUAAGGCAAGGGACAGGUCUUGUCCAAGGUUUGAAGGUUUGAGAGAGCUUGUCUGGUGUAAAGAAAUAGCACCUGUCACUAAGGAAAUUCUAUUUCAAACCUCUCUAACAGCCCUUGACUCCUUUCAAGCUCUCCGCUCUUUCCACAUCCUGAGGGUCCAUCAUACUGUGCCCCUCACCACAUGUGACAUUGAGAGAUGUGGGUGGUGCUUGCUGCAUCCUGGCUUACAGACUCAGAAGGUAGUGCAGGAAAGAGCUUCCUGGAAUAAUUUCUAAGAUGAAAGGUGAAAAACACUGAGCCCCAGAGGGUGAAUGUCCAGAUCGCAGAUCAUCAGAUUGUUGGUGGCCUAGGAGAGAAUCAGAUCUAUUGACAUAGUUGAGUCAAACCAGUUUUUAUCAAAAGAUGGAAAAACUAUUGCCAAGGUAGUCAAAGGCCAAAGGAUAUUCUCCUUCAGGAGGACAUUUUAUCCAGCUGGUGUGGGGAGCCUUUUUCUUCUGUAAAUUAUUGUGUUUUUGGCGAAAGUUUACACAGGAGAUUAGGUUCUUUAACAAUUUCUGUACGUAACGUUCAAGUGACAUUGGUUAUGUAUCAGCAUUCUUGUUAUUUCCGUUUUGGUUGUUCUGUUUCUUUUAAUCUAGCUUGCCUGUCCUCCAUCUUUUGUCUACGGCAAACAUUAACCAUUGGAUUUCAUCUAGAUGACUAUUUUGAGGAGCGCAGUACUCAUGGGUGAUACCUAUUUUAUAGGCCAUUUGUCGUUGUCUUAAAGGUGACCCCCAGGAAUGGCUUGAGUUCUAAGUUUAAAGAGUAUCUCAGGGUAAUAGUCUUGGGAGUUCAUCUAGUCUCUACCAGUUCAGUGGGUGCGGCCUUUUUUUUUUAGGAAUUUGAGUUUUGUUCUAUAUUUUUCUCCCAUCCUAUCUGAGACCAUCUAUUGAGUCCCUGAUUGGAAUGAUCAAUAGUGGUAGCUGGGCACCAUCUAGUUCUUCUGGUCUCAAGGUAGGUGAUGUCAUUGUUCAUGUAGACUGUUGGUUCUGUAGACUCAUUUCUUCUUUGAGUCUUCGGUUUCCUUGUUUCUUUUUAGCUCCAGACCGGUAGAGACCAAUGAUUGUAUCUUACAUGGCCAUUUGCAAGCUUUUAAGACGCCAGAGUCUACUUAAAUUAGGAUCUAGAACGUUGUCUUUAUGGACUGUAUUACAUCAAUUGAGUGAGUUGCCCCAUGAAACUAUGGUGCUAAGCCCUCAAACCCAGUAGACCUAUCCUGUGAGGUGUUUGGCUGUAUCCAGGAAGCAUCGGUAUGGGAGCUUCUGAAGCAGGAGAAUCCAGGAGGUGCAAGGCAGGUCAGAGUUCUCAUGUGAUCUCAGUCUUCUUUUCUUCUCCCCUAGCUCCACUUUCAUAGUUCUCUACAUGUUUCCUAGAGCAGCAGAAAAUGAACAGAUCUCAGGGGCCAGUGUCAUUCAAAGAUGUGACUGUGGGCUUCACCCAGGAGGAAUGGCAGCACCUGGACCCUGCUCAGAGAACCCUGUACAGGGAUGUGAUGCUGGAGAACUACAGCCACCUUGUCUCAGUGGGGUGUUGUGUCACCAAACCAGAGGUGAUCUUCAGGCUGGAGCAAGGAGAUGAGCCGUGGAUACUGGAGGAAAAGUCGCCACACCAGAGCCACUCAGACUUCUGCAUGCUUGAUGACCAGAUGGAGAAGAGCCAGGAAAACCAAGACCAGCAUUUGUGGAAAAUUGAUUUCAUCAACAGCAAAACCCUGACUAAAGAGAACAGUAGUACAUUAGGAAUAACAUUUUAUCCGGACACAAACCCUGUUCCAUCAAGAAAAAUACUCAGUAAAUAUGAUACAUAUAGAAUGAGUUCAGAAUUAAUUAUUAAUAAUAGAAAGACUUUCAUAAAGGAAUCUGAAGAGUUUAAUACAUGUGGGAAAUUGCUUCUCUGUACAAAGCACAGAAAUCCUCAGUCCAGAGAGAAACCUUUUGAAUAUGAUAGGAAUGGGAAAGCCAUUAGGCAAAAUGAGGACCUGUUUCAACCUCAGGACAUUCAAUCUUCCAAGCAAUUUUUUGGUUAUAAUAAAUGUGGGAAAACCUUCCAUGAGGAGGCAGUCUUCAUUAGCCAUAAGAGAGCAUGCUUAUGGGAGAAGCACUGUCAAUACAAUGAACGUCUGAAGAACUUUUCUGGUAGACCAACAGUCAUUGUUCAUCAGAGAACUCACACAAGGGAGAAUCACUAUGAAUUUAAUGACUGUGGGAAGAGGUCUGUUGGUGAGAAAGCAAAUCUAAUUAAGCACCAUAAAGUUCUCAUGGGGGAGAAACACUGUGAGUGUAAUCAGAGUGAGAAUAGUUUCUGCAAAAAGUCACUCCGCACUCACAUUCAGAGAACUUAUAUAGGAGAGAGAAUGUUUGACUGUAAUGAAAAUUGGGAAGUACUCUGCAAGAAGCCAAACUUUACUCAGCAUCAACAAACACAUAAAGGAAAAAAAUCCUGUCAAAUUAAUCAGUGUGCUCACCCUUUUUGCAAGAAGCCAAACCUGCCUACAUAUCAGAAAACAGAUACAGGAGAAAAACUUUAUCAAUGUAGUGAAUGUGGGAAAACCCUCGGCCAUAAAUCCUCUUUCAUCCUACAUCAGAGAAUACACAGAGGCGAGAAGCCCUAUGAAUGCACUGAGUGUGGGAAAAGUUUUGGUUAUAGGUCAGGCCUCGCAGUACAUCAGAGAAUACACACAGGAGAGAAACCCUAUGAAUGUAAUGAAUGUGGAAAAAAUUUCUGUGAGAAGUCAAAUCUCCGUGUACAUCAGAGAACUCACACGGGGGAGAAGCCCUAUGAAUGUAAUGAAUGUCAGAAAGCUUUCAGUGAUAGGUCAGCUCUCACAGUACAUCAGAGAGUACAUACUGGGGAGAAACCUUAUGAAUGUAAAGAAUGUGGGAAACACUUCUCCCAGAAGCCCAACUUCAUUAAUCAUCAGAGAACUCACACAGGACAGAAGCCCUAUGAAUGUAAGGAAUGUGGGAAAUCUUUCUCUGUGAAGUCAAAACUUAGAGAACAUCAGAGGACACACACAGGAGAGAAACCUCAUAAAUGUAAUGAAUGUGGGAAAACUUUCUACCACAAAUCAUCCCUCACAGUACAUCAGAGAACUCACACAGGGGAGAAACCCUAUGAAUGUGACCAAUGUGGGAAAACCUUUUACCAGAGGUCAUCCCUCACAGCACAUCAGAGAAUACACAGUAGGGAGAAACACUAUUAGUGUAAUGAAACCUUUCACUAGAACCCUGACUUAAUCAGGAAGCAACACUGAGAACAUCCUGAAGGCUCAGAAACCUUCAUGCUCUUGUCAGACUCAUUGCAGAGCAGAAACAACCCAGCAGGAGGAGGGAGGGGAGGAAUCUAAUAAAUGAGAACACUCCUUUGCCCAGAAGUGACAUUUCAUUGAACAACAAAUAAUUGAUAUUUAUGAAACCUUGUUAAUAUUUUGAACAUGUUACAGUGUCAGCAAAAAGUUUACAUCCUGUAUCAGCCAGUUUGAACUGGAUGGAAAUGUGUCAUUUUGGGAUUUGUGAAUGAAAAGUUUUUCCUUAAAAUAUUAUACUAGAAUUCCUGUUUCAGAUAUGAUAUCAUUUUCAUUGAAAGUGUUCAGUUAAUGGACAUAAUAUGGAAUAGGAAUCUUUAAAAAAAAUAAUGAGUUGAAUAAUCACUGAUAUGACACAAAAAUAUGAAGAGUCCCUUUUGCAGGAUAUACAUAAGUAUGCUAUAUAGGAGAAAUUUUGCCUGUUAGGUUUGCCUGUUAGAAGUCUACAUUAGAAUAUAUACAUGUUUGCUUGUAAGUAUAACAUGUAUACAGUUUCUCACACUUAAUAUCGGUAUAUUUUGCUUUAACUGAAAUUGAGAUAAUUGAGAUCAUAAGAUGUAAGAAAUAAUUCAGAGUGAACCUGCGUACCUUUUACCCAGUCUUCCCCAAGAGUAACAUCAUCCAAAACUAGAACGCAGUAUCACAAACUAAGAUACUAACACUGAUAGAAUGCGUUGCAUGUUCACAUUUUCCCAGUUUUACUUGUACUCAUUUGUGUGUAUUUAGUUCUGUACAGUUCUUACCACAUGUGUAGGUCUGUGUAUCUACCACCACAGUCCGGAUGUAGAACAGUUCUAUACCAAAGGAUUCUGUGUGUUUUCCUUUUGUAACCAAACCCACCUCCCUCUCGUAUUUCCCCUCAUCUGCUCUAACUCCUGGCAACUAGUAAUGUGUUUUAUGUUUCUAAAAUUUUAUUGUUUAAUAAAUGUUAUAUGAAUGGAAUCAUACAGUGUGUAAUCUUUUUUUAAUUGUUUUUAUUGCAGUGAAAAUAUACACAACAUAGCAUACACCAUCACAAUUUCUACACGUACAGUUCAGUGACACUGAUUACACUCUUCAAGUUGUGCAUCAUUCUUGUUAUUCUUCUCCAGCAUUUCACCACCAUUACCAUAAACGCACUGCCCCCUUAGCAAAAACUCUCCCUUU